UAUAAUGAAAGCUGGGUCUGAUCACAUGGUUGAAAUGCCAACAAUUAAUAUUCUGUUUUUAUGCUGACAUUCUACCAGAUGCCGAGAAAAAAUAAAAGAUCCCAGGCACAAAAGAAGCGCUGGAAACCACUUGACCUGGUCGAUCCUGCUGUCCCAAUGCUCACUGGCCACAACCAAGAUGAGGCAGUCAGUAGUUUUCCAUCUGUCCAGCAGACAGCACCAGCCAGGUUAUCCUUGGAAACACAGGAUAGACCCACCUCCUUAUGUUCCCCAGGUAUCAAGCAGACAGCACCAGCCAGCUUGUCCUUGGAAACGGAGAAUAGACCCACCUCCUUAUGUCCUCCAGGCAGCAAGAUUUCAGACACUCGUCCACCAGCAAAACGAGUCUGGGCAACUGAUGAUUUCCACACGGCAUCAAAUUCUCCACCUAAAAAGCUUUUCCACAACAUAAAUGAACAACUACUGACAGAGGAGCUACAGAGAAACACAGUUCAGCACUUCUGGUGUGUCAGUGCAACUCAUUGUCAAAGUGAUGAAAGGUACACAGAAUUCUCUCGAAAUCAUCAGUGUACAUGUAAUGCCCUCACAUUCCUGGCCUACCUUAAUGAGGAACACCAGUUCAACACAGCCCGACUUGAUAAGGUGCUUGAACAGGGAGAUGCACUCUACUGUUGGAUUAAAACAAAUCUUCAGCAGGAGAGGCGUUAUACACAAGAUCAUCUGACCAUGGAGGACCUGCCCAAAGAAGUUCAUGCUGACAUAAAUGUCUACAGUGUGAAAAUGGACAACAUAAGUUUUCCGUGACAAAUCUGGGAGGUAUGGAUUAUUUGAUUCACAUUCAAGAAGUGCAGCAGGUUUACCCCAGCCAAAUGGAACAGCAGUCAUGCUCACUUUCACUCAUGUGAAUGACCUGAUCAACCACCUGCAUAACCUUUUUCAAAAUCAAGGCAGGUAUGCAAGAUAUGAGUUUGUGCCUGUCUCUUUCAAAAGAGUCAGCACUCACAAUGAACAGCCUGCACAGUCAACUCGGGCAACAGGAGCAACAGCUACAUGUAACGCAAAGUUAUUUAAGGGCUAGUGUUAUUGCAAUGGACGAGUUUAUUGACUGACGCGCAGAAGAAAUGGUUCUUUAUGGAGCCUAGAUGGUGUGAAUGAUGAAACCAAAGACUGUAGUAUCUUGUACCAAAAAUAUAUUGAAUAAAUGGGGGAAAGGGGAAAUGGACCAAAAUAAUCAAUACAACACACAACAUAAAUAAAUGCCCACAAUCAAAUAAUUGUGUAACAAAUAAUAAAUCAAUUGCUGUGAUUUUCUGUGCAAGAGUCCUUUUGUUAAGAGUCCUUUUCGGUUUCUUUUUAAAGUUCACUUUUUAAGGUAUUCCUCCUUAGGGUCCAGUUUCAUACAAUGGGGAAAAAAAAUAUGUCCGUAAUCCAUAGACGGCAAAGCGGGGGAAAAAAAAA